CUGUCGGAGGACAUUGGAUAUGUGCUCUAUUCAGCACUUGGAAGCUUCUACAUCCCUUCAUGCAUAAUGGUGUUCGUAUACAUACGCAUAUAUUUUGCGGCAAAAGCGAGGGCGAGAAGAGGAAUACGGAAGAAACCAAGACCGCAGCCAGUGGCACCACCCGAGUCACCGGAUAUCCGGCAGACAAGCUUCACUCAGUCUACUUCGGCAACUGAGCCUAGGCUGGCUCACGGCAUCAAUACUCUAGAAAAUGUAGCGACCAUCGAGAAUCAACCAGUACAAAUUCCCAUCGUCACUUGUGACUUCGCAAGUGAUGUAAGUACUUCCGAAGCCGAUCCUGGGGGUGGAUCUACUACCGAUGAAAAAGAUACGCUCAAGGUGUCAGUGGCACUGCCACUGCAGAAGACAAAUCUAAAGGCAACAUUGUCGGUGAACGGAAAUGAGGGUCACUCAGGUCUAACAACGUCAUCGAUGACCAUCAGUGUCCCACAGACAUUACGUUGCCGUGCCCCGAGUGUCGGGAUUGACGUUGAUAUGGUGUCAGAAUUCGAUCCAUCGUCGUCAGACAGCGGUGUCGUGUCCCGCUGUGCAGUUGUAAAACCACUUAAAUUACGUUUGUGCCGACCAAUAUUUGGUCGCAAAGCCAUGGGUAAAGUAAAGCGUGAUAAUAACAGUGAUGCAUCCUCAUCGCGUAACAAUAAUAUGUCGGGCAAUAACAAUAGUCGGGAUUGUGGGACACCAGUCGGAGUUUUGAAGCCAGUUAAGCCGCGGGAUCCAGAAAGGGAGAAACGUCGUAUCGCACGAAAAAAGGAGAAACGUGCAACAUUGAUUCUUGGUUUGAUAAUGGGCAGUUUUAUUGCUUGUUGGUUACCAUUUUUCUUUUUAUAUAUUGUUAAACCAUUGUUCCCAUUUUUAUCUAUUCCUGGACAAACAUUUGUAAUUGCGUUCUGGCUCGGUUACAUGAAUUCCGCCCUCAAUCCAGUCAUUUAUACAGUAUUCAAUAAAGACUUUCGUCGUGCGUUUCGUAGGAUACUUUAUAAAUAA